CAAAAAACAGUGGAAUUGUUGAACAGUCACCACUCUAUGUCAAUCCUCGGCAAGGCCAGUCUAUCAACAUUACCUGUGCACUGAAAAGCUCACAUGAAGAUGAAGGGAUCUUCUUGCUCAAGACUCACAUGCAACCUGAAAGAGUAUUAUAUGUUUCAAGUCAGAAUGCUUCAACUAUUUUUCCUACUUUUGCUAAUCGCUUGGAGUAUUCAAAGCAAGGAAAGAAAAUAGUGAUAACUCUGCAUAACAUACAGAAAACCGAUAGUGAUAUAUACGUAUGUGCUGGCGUGUUGAAAAAUACCUCUUUCCUCUCAGUGAAUAGAAGUGGCACCAUGAUCCUGAUUAAAGAAGUGGAGCAGACAGACUGCAGUAAUAGUUCCUGGGUCAUCUAUGGUCUUAUCAUCAUGGUAGCACUACUGUUUUUUGCGCUGAUAUGCUGCACUUUGUACAUUGUCAAUAUAAAGAAGUAUUUCUGGAAAAGAAAACCAAAUGCUGUAUAUGAAGAUAUGUCUUACAGUUCUAGACGUAACACCUUGAUCAGAAACAACAUUUACACCACUGGCAAUUAA